UGACAGAAGAGAGAAGUAUUUUCAGCGAAGAAGAAAACCCUCCUGAGUCGAAGCAGUUUUCUUUUACACACAUUUCACCAUGAAUCCGCUGACGAAGGUGAGACUGAUCAACGAGCUGAAUGAACGCGAGGCCAACCUCGGCGUGAAUGAGUCAGUGUCAUGGCACAUGGAGUACAAGGACUCGGCCUGGAUAUUUGUUGGAGGCUUUCCGUACGAGCUGACGGAGGGCGACAUCAUCUGUGUCUUUUCUCAGUACGGCGAGAUCGUCAACAUCAACCUGGUGCGUGACAAGAAGACGGGAAAGUCCAAAGGGUUCUGCUUCCUCUGCUACGAGGACCAGAGGAGCACCAUCCUGGCUGUGGAUAACUUCAAUGGCAUCAAGAUUAAAGGUCGGACCAUUCGCGUGGACCAUGUUAAAGACUAUCGUCCUCCGAAAGACUCGGACGACAUCGACAGUGUGACCAAACAGCUGAGGGAGGAGGGCUGCGGCCCCAAAACACACAAGUCUCCCUCCGAGGUGGACAGAGACGAGCAGGACAUCAUCCCCUUUAAGAAGCCAAAAAAAGACAAGAAAGAAAAGAAGAAAGAGAAGAAGAAAAAGAAGGAAAAGAAAGCUGAGAAGGGGAAAGAGAGGAAGAGCCGCACACUGCACUCCUCCUCCUCACCACCUCCUCCUCCUGACAUGAGAGUCAAAAAGGAGCAAGUGGAUGCUGCCUAUGACAAGUACAACCAGCGGGGGGUGCCAGGAGGACAAGAAAGAGGGCGAGAAAAGGAGAGACUUCUGGAAGAAGACAGGAGAGUGAAUGAAAGGAGGAGGGAAAGAGAGACAGACAGGGGGAGGGAAAGAGACACAGACAGGGGGAAGGAAAGAGAGACAGACAGGGGGAGAGAGAGACAGAUGGGGAGGGAAAGAGAGACAGAGGAGGAACGAUGGCGAGACAGAAAGACAGACAGGGGGAGAGACAGGGAUGGCUACAAAGCGGACAGAGAGAGACGUUGACUGAGGCAAGACAAAUGUUUACAGAUUAAUAUGACGUAAAGAAAAUAAAACGUUUUUUU